AUGCAGUAUAAGAUCCUUGCCACUCUUUUCCUCGCCGCCACGGCCCUGGCCGCCCCUGCGGAUUCUACUGCCACAUCCUCAAGCACUGAGACUGUCGAAGGCGAUGGCACUUCUGAUUUCCCCGAUGUGCCCAACUCCAUCAUGACUGUUCUGGCAACAGCCAUCCCGGCCUCAUGGUACGACGACAUCAUGGACCCGGCCUCCCGCUCCUCGAUCGUCAGCGAAGCUGCGGCUGGCACCUACCCAGCUUGGUACAACGCGUUGCCUAGCAGCGUCAAGGCCUGGGCCACUUCCAACUUCGAUGACCAGGUCAUGGGUGCCUCGGCAACCGCUACUCCGACCGAGACUUCUGGUAGCAGCGCCGCCGUUGAGACUGGUUCCACCGCCGCCAGCCAGACCGCCGCUAGCCAGACCUCCGCCAAGACCACUCUGGCUUCUACCACCUCCUCGGGCUCCAGCUCUGACUCGACCUCCAGCUCCAGCUCUGUAUCAUCUUCUCCCUCUUCUUCGAAGUCUACUGGUGGCGCCCCUGCUCCUACCGGGGGUAUUGCCAUGAGUGUUGCUGGUGCAGCUGGUGCUUUGGCUCUGGCUCUUGCCCUGUAG